UGAAUUGGUAAAAUCAAUCAUUAAAAUGAAAUUUUAUUUGUUAGUGGUGUUAAUACUUUUAGGCUUCGUUUCGACCCAUAGGAUUUCCUAUGAUGGAUAUAAAGCAUUUAGGAUCAGACCCACGACCAUAUCUCAAUUAAAAACUUUAUCGAGCCUUUCUAAAAAGCCAGGCUUUGAUUUUUGGAAUAUUCCAAGGGUGAUUAACAAAUCCAUUGAUGUUCUCGUUGCGCCAGAUUUGUUGGAAAGUUUUCAAACAUAUUUGAAAACGAACCACAUUAUCUACCACGUACUGAUUGAAAACUAUCAGGAGGUGAUUCAAAUCGAAAAUGUUGCGUUAAAAAGCAAAAGGUUGAGAGAAGAUGUUAGUUUUAAGAAAUACAUGACCUACGAACAAAUCGUCAACUACCUUAAAACCUUAGCCAAAAAAUACCCAGAUAUCGUUACGGUUCAAUCAAUCGGAAAUACCGAAAAUAAUCGUAGUAUUCCUUUGAUUAAAAUAUCGACCGGUGGAAGUAAUAAACCAGCAAUUUUAAUAGAUGCUGGCAUCCACGCCAGAGAGUGGAUUGCACCACCUGUAGCUUUGUAUACGAUUCAACAAUUGGUUGAAAAUGCCACCAAUAUCAGACUUAUCCAGAAUGUCGAUUGGUUGAUUGUUCCUGUACUUAAUCCUGAUGGAUAUACCUAUACUUUUAACAACGAUCGAUUGUGGAGAAAAAACCGUAGUCCAGGACGCAGAUGUUACGGUGCAGACAUUAAUAGAAACUUUGACUUUCACUGGAUGGAAGGGGGUGCCAGCGCAUACGAAUGUGAAGAAACAUAUGCCGGGUCUAAAGGAUUUUCGGAACUCGAAGCGCAAGCUUUAAGAGACUUUAUCCUUGCAAAUUCCGAAAAUAUUAAAUUAUACCUUACUUUUCAUAGCUACGGAGAAUAUAUGCUGUACCCAUGGGGAUACACCAGCGAUCUGCCUGAUGACGAACCAGAACUGCGUACACUUGGCACCGCUGUCGCUGAUGCAAUCGAAAAGGCUUCAACAAUUGGAACUUCGUACACUAUAGGUACUUCAACGAAUGUUCUUUACGAAGCUGCCGGAGGUAGCGACGAUUGGACUAAGGGAGUAGGUGGCGUUCAACUUUCUUACACCAUCGAACUACCUGGUGGAGGAAGUGAAGGUUUUAAUCCCCCGACAAGAAAAAUUUUGCCCGUUGUUAGGGAGACUUGGGAAGGAAUUAAAUUAUAUCAAGCUUAUAUUGAAAAAAAGUUUGCUAACUAAAUGAUUUUAAAAACGACAUAUUUCAGAAAGUAACUGUAUUUAAUUAAAACAAAGUAUAACAAUAA